GUUGAGGUCUGGCUUCAAAAUUGCCAUUUCCAGCGAUGCUUCCGCAGGUGCUUGCGAGGAGUGCUAUUCGGUGCGCUAGGAAUCUGGAGACGUUUCGAGUUGUCAUCUCGCAAGGAUCUGUACGAGCAUCUUCUACAACAGUGGCUCAAGAAACAUCAUAUAAUCCUGAUGCUGAGAUGAUAGCGCAUGAGCAAAGUCUUCCGCCACAACCACAGGAGACGGAUUAUGAGAAGCAGCUAGAAGCAUUGAUGCCAUCCGAGAACGUCUGGAAAUUGGCGCCAUUCAAACAUCAUAAGAAAAUGAGAGAUAUCGUUAAUGAAUUGGAGAUCUACGCAUACAUGGGGACCUAUGUUCCGCAGUCUCUAUCUGAUGAUGAUUGGUAUCGAAUGCUGAAUACGACUGAAACUGUUGGCGAUAGAGUGUCUUUUCUCGAAUAUCUUGCCAUAAAGCAAAGACGACAGGAAAAGGAUAAACAGAGAAAGAGUUCAAGACAAGAACGUUUCUUAACACAGCUGGAACAAGAGAGAGCAAAGUUUAUGCGUGGUGAAAUGGGCUAUGGACCAGAUCUCUAUCAAUUGGUGCAUAAUCCUCUGCGUAAUAGAAAGAAGGUGCACGUCGCGCAAGGCGCACGAAUGGUGUCGGCUAUGCGUUGCGAAGAGCGUCCCAAAAUUGCGCUUGAUCUGCAGUACAUGUUCAAAGAAAAGCAACGAGUUCAAGCUGAAUUGGGGAAUCAAAUGCAGUAUGUCAUAAGUGAAAACCUCGACUCUAGAACACCAUUACAUCUGAGCUUUGUAAAUUUUCCCAACACUGAUGACUCACAAAAAUGGCUAGAGAAGUCUGUCGGUUUUUACGGAGGUUUGUACACGCACCAGACGGUUCUGCCCGAUUUCACACAUAAAGGAGUCCGGGAGACAUUCCCGGAUAAAGAAGUUGUUUAUAUCUCAAGGCAUGCGAGAGACGUUAUUGACGGACCCUUGAAUGUUGGCGCUAUCGCUUUGUGCGUGACUAUGGAUACAGCAAGAGAAGCUCUCGGAGCGGCUAGACGUGGUCGAAUGCGAGCUGUUAGGCUUCCGAUAAAGAAAUACGUAAAAUGGCAGCAAGGUCCUAUGUAUUUGCCCUUCCCGAACAUCCUGCGCAUCUUCCGUCAUGUUCAUAGAAGUGGCGGUGAUUGGGAGACAGCUCUAUUGAAUAAUAUUAGCAAACGCCAUCUCAUGUCUCCUGAAGAAAAAGAAGCUCAAGCGCAAGUCGAGAGGACUAGCCGUAGAAAGCAACGACAACGCGAAAAGAUGGAACUUAUCAAGACCAUAUGUGAGGCCACAGGGCAUCGCUAGUCAAGUAGCUUCAACAUAGUAAUUAUUGUGCCUAGUAGUUUUAUCCAAUUUUCUGUUACUUUUAUUAUUUCUCUUGUGAUAUACUUCAUGUUUUCAUGAUAAUUCUUUUGUCGAUUUCGCCAUUUACGCGUGGAAGACUGACUAACAUUGUGUUUUACGAGUGAUGUUCACCUCACUAGUGCCAAAGCUAUUCGCUCCAUCUCAAGAUAGUGCAAGAACUUAGAAUCGCUAGUGUACUCUCAGGAAAACGACCAGUUGAUAAAUUUGUAAUCCUCAGCAUCAGUGCAGAAAUCGCUUUGUAAAUUAUACAUUGAAAUAAAAAUGGAAC